UAAGAUUCAAACCAACGAAUAUAAAUAUACGUUAGAUGUCCACGUACUUACCUCGAAUACGAUGAUUAGAAAUCUAUGAAUGAUACCAACGAAUCACGUGAGUGGCACGAUUUUCCUGCGCUGGUGCUUUGUUUCUAUUCCCGUUGCUGUGUACUUCGGGUUGACAGAAGUCGGAACUCGGAAGAAUAUAUUGCAAUGGAAGAAAUUGCCUUGGAGGCCAUAAAGCAUGCUCUGAAGUCACUCCGGAAGCGGCAUUUACUGGAAGAGGGAGCUCAUCUUCCUGCUUUCACCGCCCUCUCUCGCCCACUUAUUCAUCAGGGCUCAGAAUGGAAAGAGAAAGCCGAAAAUCUUGAAGUAGAGCUUCAACAAUGUUAUAAAGCUCAAUCUCGUUUGUCAGAGCAGCUUGUUGUUGAAGUGGCCGAAUCUAGAGCUUCAAAAGCUCUAGUUCAAGAAAAGGAAGCUAUAAUUACUGACUUGCAAAAUGAGCUUAGCAAAGCAAGGGAUGAGUGUUCUAGCCUAAAUGCACUUCUUGAAAAGAAGAACAAGGCUCUUGAAUUGGUUAUUAGUGAGCACCAAGACAUUAAAGCAAAACUUGAAGAAAUGACCGAGAAAGCUGACAAGGCUGAGGCAGAAAAUAAGAUGUUGGUUGAUCGUUGGAUGCUACAGAAAAUGCAAGAUGCUGAACGCCUUAAUGAGGCUAAUUCUUUAUACGAAGAGAUGUUGGAUAAACUCAAGGCCAGUAGUAUAGAGCAACUUGCUCGUCAGCAAGUUGAUGGGGUUGUCCGGCGAAGCGAAGUGGGUGCAGAAUACUACGCAGAGUCAACUAUUCCCACAUCUUGCAAGCAGAGAAUCACUGCUCAUGAAGGGGGCUGUGCUUCUAUCAUGUUUGAAUAUAACUCAAGCACAUUGGUUAGUGGCGGGCAGGAUCAGACAAUUAAAGUGUGGGAUACUAACACUGGGUCAUUAAGCAACACACUUUAUGGCGGUUUGGGCUCUGUUCUUGAUCUCUCUAUAACACACGAUAAUCGAUCAAUCAUUGCAGCUACCAGUUCAAACAACUUGUAUGUGUGGGACGUUGGCACCGGCAGGAUACGGCACACUCUCACCGGCCACAAAGACAAAGUUUGUGCCGUAGAUGUGGGGAAAUGCUCAAGUCGGCAUGUGGCAAGUGCAGCUUAUGAUCGAACCAUAAAAGUUUGGGACCUGAUGAAAGGAUACUGCAUGAACACAAUUCUUUUCCACAGCAACUGCAACAGCCUCUGUUUCAGCCAGGAUGGGCAGACCAUCUGUUCUGGUCAUGUAGAUGGAAACAUUCGACUCUGGGAUUUUCAAACAGGGAAGCUUGUGAGUGAAGUUGCUGCACAUUCCCAGGCUGUGACAUCCAUGUCCUUGUCCAGAAAUGGGAAUUUGAUACUGACAAGUGGGAGGGAUAACUUGCACAAUCUGUUUGAUAUUCGCACUCUUGAGCUAUGUGGCACGUUCAAAGCAAGUGGCAACCGGAUUGCAUCUAACUGGAGCCGGUCAUGCCUCAGUGCAGACGACAGCUGUGUAUCAGCCGGGUCUGCUGAUGGAUCGAUUCAUGUAUGGUCAAUCUCGAAUGGUAAAAUGGUGAGCACGUUGAAAGAACACUCUGCUCCGGUUCUUUGUUGUACAUGGAGUGGCCUAGGUAAGCCCUUGGCAACGUCUGAUAAGAGUGGGAUUAUAUGCAUAUGGUCAUGACCACUGGAAAUAUGGUUUUAGUCCUUUCAAAGUUCACCGUAGUAUGACAUAGCCAAGCAGUAUUUAUUUGGUCCUCAAGGGAUGGUAACAUUUUAUCAUCAAUUGAAAUAUAUCUGAUGCCAGAUGAACAAAUGUAUAUAAGUUUGUUUUUUUAAUAACCUUUUGUUACCCAU